CGCUAUUUAAAUGAAAUGUUUAUUUCCAAUGCCACUCAGCCGAGUGACAGCGAGCGAGAUGAAUUUUUUGAUUAUUUUGUGCAUCGUAGUGGCAUGUUUUAAUUUCAACUGGGCAUAUAACGGCAACUCGGGGCUGAGCGCGGAGCAGUCGUUCCUGGACAAGCUGCACGCGCCGUGGCUGAGACCGGACCGGCCCCCGCCGCCCGACCACCCCAGGAAGGGGGAAUAUAUCUGUAAAGGGAAGAUAUGCAGGACCAGGCCCAAGGACACCUGCGAGGGCUGCCAACACGCGGCGCCUCUAGACUUUAAGAACUAG